ACUGCUGGCUCGAUGACCUGUGAGGGCUAUUUCUGCAUGUACACUCCAUCUUUUCUCAAGGCUUCUCUGUAGGUAAGAACUGACCCUAGACACUUCACUUCUCAGACUACAGAGUCUUUACAGCCGAAGGUCCCUCUCCUCUGAGAUGGACAGUACCACCUAGCAGUAUGCUUGCCCAGGCAACAUGAACCAGGUCAAAAGUAACCGAGAACUAUUCCUACAAUACUCAGCCACAGCCCCCAAACUGCUGGCCCACGUCUCCAAACUUCUCAUUGUCUGCCGAAACUCAGGCAUUACCAUCCCAAAAGGCAUCAGGAAUAUCUUUGAGUUCACCUGGGAGGAACUCAUCUGUGACCCUGCAGUGCCCACCCCAUCUGAGAUUCAGGAUCUGGUGAUCAGCUUUGGAACUCCUACAGUGGUGCUUGCAGAGGUGAUCCCAGUGCAGGUCCCCUUGCAGAAGAAGCCACCCCCACCACCCCCACCCCCACCAGUACUGCUGACAACCCCCAGUGGGGGCAAGCACUCGACCCCCACUCCUGCCUCUACUCGACUGGUGCCCACUAGUCAAGAUACCCUGCACAAGUUCCAGCGGCAAUCCAUCCACCUGCUGACAGAGCUGCUUUCCCUGAAGAUGAAGGCCAUGGUGGAGUCUGCCUCUGCAGGCGCUAAUCCUCUGGACAUCACCAAGCGCUUUGUGGAGGCCAGCCAGCUUCUCCAUCUCAAUGCCAAGGAGAUGGCCUUUGACUGCCUGAUUGGCACUGUCGGAAAAAGCUGCUUUAGUUCAACACAGCUGGGGAAAGACUCCCCCAUGAACAUCUCUGCCAUGGGAGUGAACACUCCCUAUCAGCUGCUCUACCAGAAUUCCACAGCCUGUCUGAGCUUCUCCCUCUCCACAGGAAAGGAAGGCAAGAAGAAAGACACUGGAGGUAAGGCUGGAAGCAAAAAGGCUACAGAUGAGCUCACGCCCCCACUCCCACUCCCACGAGCCCGAACCCCUCCUGAAAGCACUGUCGUUGAGUUCCAGGACCCCUGCCCUGAGGCCCGGGAAAAGCUGCAGGAUAUGUGUCGUCACAUAGAAGCCGAAAGGAUCUUGUGGAAAGGGAGGAAUGUCUCCUGUCCCAUGAUUUUACGCAACUACAGGGCAAAGAUACCCUCUCAUUUAAUGUUGACCUCCAAGGGGGACCUUCACCAACCUCCCACUGCGGGGACUCAGGUUACUGCUUCCACUCUUAACCAGCCUUCCAGCCACCAUGCUCAUAUGGGUCGCCAUUCUCAAGAUUGGAAGGGCCCCAAGAAGCCACUCAAGCUGCAUUACACUUUCUAUGAUGGCUCUUCCUUCAUUUACUAUCCCUCUGGAAACAUUGCCAUGCUUCAGAUUCCCACGUGCUGCAGAGGGAAACCCAUCACCUGCCUCUUUAAUGACACGCCUAACACCUUCCUGGCUCUGUUCAAUGCUGAUGGCCAAGGCUGUGUUUACUACAACCUAAAGAACUGCUGUCCAUAUGUCUUGGUCUUGGAUGAGGAAGGUGGAAUCACAAAUGACCAAAAGGGCUGCAUAGUCCAUAAGUGGAGCUGGGCUAACAAGACUGAGACAUUACUCUCUCUGGAAUACAAGGUGAAUGAACAAAUGAAGCUAACAGUCUUGGGGCCGGACUCCAUCACUAUCACCUUCACCUCCAUGAACGAGACGGUAACACUCAGUGUGUCGCCCAAAAGCUGUCCCCAUGGCAUAGUGCAUGACAAACGGCCAGUUCGCAGAAUCAGUACCUUGGAUGAAAAGAUGUUAAAGAUAAACAGAGCCCUGAUUGAGAUCAAGAAGCGGUUUCAGAAGACUGUGACUCGGUUUAUGAACUCUGUGUUGCUGGCAGCAGGUCUGUUUACCAUAGAAUAUCCCACCAUGAAGGAAGACACAGAAGCUAGUCGUGUCAAGUUGAAAUCUGGGUCUUAUCCUGAUCGGAGCCGUAAGUCAAGUUUAUACCAAGGAGAAACCCUUGUACGAUCCCAGUCAGCCCGACCAGAUUCCUUAAUUGAAGACACAUUGAAGGAAGAGUCUAUACAAACACCCUUGAUCCCUGUUCGAAAGAAGAGUAACAAAGUCCAGGCCAGAGUCACACCAAGAGGGAAGCCGGGAGAAGUACGUAGCCCCACCAGAUGGGCCGCCUCACCCUAUGACUGCCCACUGGUGCUGCGGAGGCUCAUUCGCAAGGAAGACAUUCGGGCUGGCUGCAAGUGUAUUGUGAAGGCACCCCUGGUGUCUGAUUUGGAACUAGAGCGCUUCCUGUCUGCACCCCGAGACCCCAACCAAGUGCUGGUAUUUGGGAUAAUAUCAAGCCAGAAUCCCAACAAUACUGCACAGUUGGAAUGGCUGCUGGACACACUGUAUAGCCAUCGGCAGCAGGGCCGUUCGUCACCCUGCACCCAGUGCCGGCUUGAUCCUUAUCGUCUGCUGCGGUAUGACAUAGACAGCCCCCUGCAGAAGGAUCCACCCCUAAUGGUGAAGAAGUUUGCUGUGGUACAUGGGAUGGUUUUGAUGUUUGCUGGGGGGAAGCUCCUUUUUGGGGGCUGUCUCCUAAAUGGCUAUGGCUUCAGUAAGCAGAAUCUACUGAAACAGAUCUUCCGGGCUCGACAGGAUUGCAAGAUGGGCUACUUCUUGCCAGACAACUACAAAUUCAACGUGCCAACCUAUGCCACAAGCCUGGAAGAUUCUGAGUCUUCUAAAAGACCCCCAUCUGAAGAUUUCGAAGGAAGUGUCUCUUCAUUGGCGCUUGGGGACAAAAUGGAAAAAACACCUUCUACCCCCCCUGACAAGUUGAAACAGCCUGAAGAAGAACUGCUGCAGCCUUUCAUCAAGAAUAGGAGGAGCAGUAAGAAGAUAAGUAGCUGGAAAAAGUCUAAGAAGUGA